AUGGCAAGAGGUGAAUUGCUACACUUAGGCUCUCCGAUUAUCCCCACUCACUAUGAGAUACAGCUGGAUAUAGAUCCUGUGAAGAUCAAUUUCAAGGGUAACGAGACGAUAACUUUCAAGAAAAAUGGGAAUAAAGAUAUAGCACUCGUUGAACGCUUUAGGUUGCAUUGCAAGGACCUGGUAAUUCUGCAUGCUGCUUUUGAUGAGGGAAAACGCGUCUCGGUUGAAUAUGAUAAGGCGGGAGAAAUGGCAACGUUUAUACCGGAUGAACCUAUCAACAUCACAGAAUCUGAACCACUACAUUUCAAGCUUCAAUAUAUCGGCAAAGUUAGAAGCGUUCGUACUCGUCAGGAUGAGACAAGGGGAAUCUUCAAGACAAAUUUUAUGAACCAAGGUACGGGCUCAUCUGACAACUUCAUUAUUGCGACGCAUUGUCAACCUUCCUUCGCCAGAUCGGUGUUUCCGUGUGUUGAUGAACCCUCCGUGAAGACGACUUUCCGGCUUGGAGUAAGGACACUGGGUAGGUUCAAAGUUAUUUCGAACAUGGGACAGUCUUCUUCGGUUGAAGACGAGAACGGGCCGCACAAGACCGUGAGCUUCAAGAUGACGCCAUUGAUGACCACGUCUGUCUUUGGCUUUGCCAUCGGAGAUUUCGAACACAGCGCCUCGGUAGCCAUUCUACCGCGUUCAUCCAGAAAACUACCUAUCGGUAUUUACUCGCCGAUGAACGUCAAUGAUGGUUCAUACUGCUUAGAUAUUGUCCAGAAGUAUCUGCCACUUCUGGAGGACUAUACCAGUGCUGAUUAUCCGCUUGAUAAACUGGACUUUGUGCUGCUGCCGUUCCUUACCGACAUGGCAAUGGAAAAUUUUGGUAUGAUUUCUGUUCAAAUGGAUCAUCUGCUGUUGCCGGAAUCCUUGUUGGCUGAUCGCAACACUAGAAUGCAGGUCGAGCAGCUUGUCGUUCACGAACUGGUGCACCAGUGGAUGGGUAACUAUAUUUCUUUUGAAUCGUGGGAGUUCCUAUGGUUCAACGAAGCUUUUGCCACUUGGUGUGCAUGCAGCCUGCUUGAAGCUAACGGCGAUCUUAUGGGCUACUGGAUUUCGGAUGACUAUUUGUCUAACCAGGUUGAAAAAGCAAUGCGUGUAGAUGCUGAAGUUGGAACUCCAAGUAUUGCAAAGAUCUCCAAAGAAGCUUCCGUUAAUAAACCUUCCCAGACGCAUGAUUUAUUCGACCCUCACUCUUACAUGAAGGGAAUCACCAUUUUAAGAUCCCUUGAGCUUUGUAUUGGAGAUAAGCUUUUCAAAUCUGCUUUGGGAACAUUGUUCCAGGACCGGAGAUUUCACGAGAAGUGUGUUAAGCCUAUAGACAUUUUUGUUAGUAUGGGCGCCAUCUUAAAGUCAGAGAAUGUAGCUCGAUUCUUCACGUCUUUGACGCAGACUCCCGGUCUUCCUGUCGUAAGUGUGCAAAUGACCAGAAAGGACGAGGAAGUAAUGACCUACCUGGUACAACAUAGACUACUGACUUCAGAAGAUCCUGAUCUGGAGGAUGUACCCUAUCAUAUCCCGCUUUUCAUUCAGUUACCGGAUGGCCAGCUAGAUAAGAAACAUGUUUUGAUGACAGAUCGAACGGUAACAUUGGAUUAUCCUAUAGUCGUUUGCAACCAUCUAUCCCAAGGCUACUACCGAGUGUCAUACGAAUCUGCUGAUUGCUACGAGGAGGUGGCUCGGCAAAUAGCGGCAGGAAAGUUGGCUCCGAUUGAUCUCUUGAAAAUCUUCCGGGACCUGUCAUUCUUUAUCGAUAAUUCCGCUAAAGAGAUUCACUUUGUGGGAUUGUUUCUCUUGCUGAAGCACCUUGCAUCUAAUAGAGUGGAUUUGGUGAAAAAUCCACAGUACUGGCCUGCGUUGGGCGAAGGACUACAGAUUCUGCAAAACGGUAAGUUGAAGGGUCUCAAGUAUGCCGCCGCCGACAGCGAAAUCUUGGAUUAUCGGGCGGAUGUCCUCAAACCAUUGGCAAACAAGAUUAACCGAACUAGAUCCAAAGCCUGUGAACCUCACCAAAGUCAGGUAUUGUCUAUAUUACAGCAAUUGAAAAAGGCGUAA